GGCUAUUGUCUGGUUUGGGUGGCACCUGGGUGCAAUCUGUCGACAGGCGACCACGGUUGCCCACGCCACAUCGCUUCAAGUUAGCGAUUAUGAAUUUGCAUCCUCGUGGCUUAUUUUGCUUGAAUGAAUUUGAGAGGCCAACUCCGCGGCUUUCGAGCCAUAUCGCCGAUGUUGCAACUCCCAGACGGCCUCUUUCAUGCGGACAAAGCACCAUAUCAGGUGCCAUUAGACGUUGGAUACUUGUCAUGAAGUCUUCGGUCUAGGUUCUGCCAACAAUGGAAGUAUUGCGUAGUCGGGAGAAUCGGAUCAACGAAGAGUGUUUUACAUCGCAAUGGGCUACAAUGCAACCAACCUGACUCGUCAUAUCCAGAACUGUCGGGUAGGUGACUAUUUGGCCCUGUAUAUAUGGAAUCGGUGGACGCGCCCGACCAAAACCUUCGUACACGGCCCCAAACAUGACAGGCAUGUUGUUACUAUGUUUACAAUCAUAAUGUCGUUACGUAGACGGUUGCACGGCGUGAUGGGCGCAGUGCCCGCUAAUUCACACAUCCUUGCUUCUCGGAGACCCAGGAAGUACCGGAGCCGUAUAUCGUAUUCUGUCAGAGCCACAUAUCACAAGCAUACAUGCAUUAAGGCUGAAGGUGUCCAGGCGACAUGUCGACCAAGUUCAGCGGGUAUGCAUACCAGCACACGCACAUGAGCACCUGCCCGGGCAUGAGCGGUCAGCCCGGGCAGAGCCCGCUCAUGCCGCCAUGGUGUGGCCGGCUGGCACAGAGCCCGCGCAUAGCGAUGCAGGCGGCUGUGGGCAGCCAGCAGCCGCCGACACGCACCCACCCGUGCCGUUAAUCGCCUGCAGCCGCCCACAUCACAAGCGCAGUCGCGGCCCGGGCAUGGGAUGGUUUGAUGGGGCGCCGUCCCACUUCCGAUAGUACCCAGAGCCUGACAGGCCAUGUGGAGAUGCGCGGAGGGGUAGAGUGGACGGACAAGGCGCGUACGCAGGUGUGUGAUGGGACAGGGUUCAAGGCAGGUUGGCGAGGUCCCGUAGGGUGCAGCCGAUGCCCAGACCCGUAAGCAGACAGCAAACAGUUUGCAGUGGCAGAGCAGAAGUGCAUGGCUGGUCGAACGCCGGCGUUACUGUACCGACAAGUUGCUGGCUGGCUGGAAGUUUGCUGAUGCGCAUUCCUCACGCUCCGGGCGCCCGGCCAGGCGAUAGCACGACACAGACAGACCGCAACGCCACACUCGCGAUGCAGAGCCGCAGCGCACCUGCAGGAAGAUGACCAGCGUCCACGGAUGAGCACCAGAGGCAACCGCAGAGAAAAUGCAGACAGAAUGCAGCAAAGCAGUGGCCGGGCGACAGCGUGACAAGCAGGGGCGAAAACAGGGCGAAGCAAGGCAGAAAAGGGAGCCCGAAUGUACGGAUGAGUGGCGGGCGAGUCGAAUGCGAUUGCGAGACAAACACAACCGGAGUGUGAGGAAGCGCCGCGGGUUGGUAGUGGGAGUGUCGUGGCUGAAGUUCGGGACAGAGAGCUGUAUCGCGCGCCCUAAGGACCGAGUGCGGUUAGCGGAGUGUUUGCUGGCGAGUCGCGCUGGCGCUGGCGCUGCAGUGUAGUGUGAAAAAGGAGUCAAAUACAAAGCAGGAAGACACUGAAGUUGGUAGCUGGCACGAAUGUGUGAUGACGGUGGGCGCUACUGACGAGUGGGACUGGCACGGUCGGUAGCAGCUGCCUGGUCGGUGGGUGGUUCGCUCGGGAGGGAGAGGCCGGGCUCACAAAGAGCUCCCCGG